AUGUUCAAAUACUUUGCUUUGUGUUUCUUUGGUAUCAUCGCAAUGGUUGCAGCUAAACCAGGACUUGUAGCACCACUGGCCUACUCAGCACCACUUGUCACUUCCGCUGCAGCACUGCCUUAUACAGCUGCCUACACCACCGCAUACAGCUCACCUUACUAUACAUCCUAUGCUUCUCCAUACAUUGCUGGUUCACCCUACACCGAUGCCUACACCGCCGCUGCAUACUCCGCUUAUCCUUACAGCUCCAUUUUGUUGAGACGUUAA